UCGAAAACUCGAGCAGAGAGAGAGAGAGAGAGCAAGCGAGUGAUCAAGCGAUAAGGUUAAUUACUCGAUAACGGGGAAUCAAAAGGAGGAGUUCAAAGCGACCUAGUCUUCCUUCAAGAAGCCAUCUGCCGGCGCCUUUCUUUCCCUUGUUCGCCAUUGGAACCCGAGACUCGAAACGGCCAAGGGAAAAAGAAUACAUGGAGGGAGGUGGCACAGGAAAAGAUUUGGACAGGAUGCAAGAAACAAAUGGAAGUGGGGGAAAUGGCUCCUUAAAGGUCAUUCCUCCUUGCUGCUUAAAGGCAAGGGCUUCGAUGCCAGAGUAUGAGGCUAAAUGUCAUGCUACUGUGGUAUCAGGGUGGUUCACAGAAUCUCGGUCAUGCUCCGAUAAAGCUGGCAAGGUCUUAUACUACAAUAAUCCUAUGUGGCCAGGAGAAGUUCAUUCCUUGCAAGUGGAGAAGAUUCUAUAUCAAGGGAGGUCAGAGUACCAAGAAAUAUUGGUUUUUGAGUCUAAGACAUAUGGAAAAGUGCUUGUGCUUGAUGGCAUUGUCCAGCUGACGGAUAAAGAUGAAUGUGCUUACCAGGAGAUGAUUGCCCACCUUCCUCUGUGUUCAAUUCCAUCCCCGAAACAUGUUUUAGUCAUUGGAGGUGGUGAUGGUGGUGUGCUUCGAGAAGUUUCUAGACAUAGUUCUGUGGAGGUCAUAGAUAUUUGUGAAAUAGAUAAGCUGGUCAUAGAUGUUUGUAAAGAAUUCUUCCCACAUUUAUCUGUUGGGUUUGAAGAUCCUCGAGUUCGACUUCAUGUUGGUGAUGCUGUUGAGUAUAUACGAAAUGCGCCUGAAGGGAUGUAUGAUGCCAUUAUUGUUGAUUCAUCUGAUCCAAUAGGGCCAGCUCGGGAACUUGUUGAAAGGCCAUUUUUUGAGACAAUUGCAAGGGCAUUAAAGCCUGGUGGUGUUCUUUGUAAUCAAGCAGAAAGCAUGUGGCUGCAUACCCAUCUUAUUCAGGAUAUGCUUUCUAUUUGUCGUGAAACAUUUAAGGGUUCUGUUCAUUAUGCCUGGACAAGUGUACCCACAUAUCCUAGUGGUGCAAUUGGAUUUUUAUUAUGCGCAAAAGAUGGCCCACCAGUUAACUUCAUGAACCCUAUAAAUCCAAUUGAGAAGCAGGAAGGAGCAAUCAAGGUUGGGAGAGAGGUCAAAUUCUAUAACUCAGAGAUGCACAAGGCUGCAUUCAUCUUGCCAUCAUUUGCAAAGAGAGAGAUAAAUGCUGUUUAUGCUUCUUCAACAAUGUUGAAAGGAACUGCAAUGUGGGUGAAGAUUAUAGGGAACUGCUGUUUAAAAUCUCAAGGGUCGGAAAGGGGAAAAGGUUUGCCUUUAGAUUUAGUGUGCUACAAAAUAUAUUGAAGUUUCCCCAUACCACUGGUCCUGAACUUCUGUUACAGUCCUCAAACUAUGACAUGUUUCCUUCCUUCAAAAAUGCAACACCAUUCAUCCAUUGAUGUAUUGUGGCAGGUGCAAUUUAAACAGGCUGAUGCAUGUUGAAGACAAAUGCAGCAGCAGAAAAUGCAGACCUCACUUCUUAGGACCUGGUAAAAUGGGUCAUUUAUGGAUAGCGAUUGAGUUUGGGAGAGAGUAGAUGCCAAGUAGGGGACUUCAUAACACAAUUGGAGAUGUAUAUUGCCAUUGAUAAAUAAACUCAUGAUGUAUCUUGUGACUACCGAAAAAACUGUGUUCACGAUUAAAUGAUGCGCAGAUACUUAAUGUGGCCUAAUAUGAAUGAAAAAAUAAGUUUGACAUUUUUCAACAAAUUAGAUCAAUUGAUAUAGGUUGGUUGCACAA